GCUUUUAAUAAUGGAAGAAGUUUGAAGGGAGAGAAUUCCCCGGUCGGGUGAAGAGAAAGAAAACUUGGUGGAGGAGGGGAGGAAGUGAAAACAAAAGAGAUAGAAGGAAGGAGGCUGAGCUGGGUGGGAGCUUUUCUCUCUCUUUCUGUUUCUCUGUCUCUCCUUCUCACACACAGCAGGCUUAGGAGGAGCUGUUUUGCAUCCAUUCACGUCAGCCCUGCCUCAUUCCCUUCUUCCUUCCUGCUGGAGAGAAGACAGAGCGAGCCGAGAGAGGAGGAGGAGGAGGAAGAGACACACCGUCCCCGCCGAGGAGACCCGGAGCCCGCCACUCCACCUGAAGGACAAAACAGUUGUGAAAACGUGACAGCAGUUGGUCUCGGAAGUCAACACUCCAUGUUAAUCAGUGGGGGCAUGCCAUCUUGAUGGUCUGUAACAUGGGUCGUUUCACAGACUUUGGCACCCAGACCGAUGCUGUGGUGGUGCUGUCUCUAGCACAAGCUGCAGUUUUGGGAUUGGUGUCAGAAAAUGAACUAUUUGGUGCAACCAUCAGUUCCAGUAGUUUUCUGCCAGCCUCUAGAAGCGAGUAUUCAAAUAAUGGACCGGUUGAAGAUGAAAAGCCAGAACCGGAGACGUUCAUGAACACAGACGUGAAGGAGGCAGCUGACUCUAUGGAAGAUGAUGGAUUUGAUCCUGAAAAACACACAAGGCGGAAGAAGCGACAACCUGUCAAAGUCAUUCCAAAAAUUAAAUCGGAAAAACUUGAGGAGGAGGAGGUGGACCAAGGAGAAAUCUGCCAAGUGGUAGUGGAGGCCAAAAUUGAAGAGCCAGAUGAAGAGGAAGCACUUCCUCAAGAUGCUCAGGAACAGGAAAGUGAUAACACUGUACAGAACAAUUCUUUGAAAAUGAUUGACCUCAGCACGUUUCGUAGGCGACCCAGGAGGAGACAUUUUCGUGACAGGCAGCGUCACGAGGCAAAUGCAGACUACAGGCAUGUUGCGCAACACCCUUAUCAGAAUUCGUACCCUAUUCCUCCAGUUAUCCCAGGGAAUUCUAGUUUGGACAGCAUGCAAAGACAAUGUAGUUAUGAUUCUAACUUAAUGCAGCCUAGUGAGAGCCGAGCCCCAUCAGUUGGAUCUCCUAAGACAGAAGAAAGCGGACAAAGCUAUUCCUGGUCAGAUCCGAACGAAUUUGAAUCCGACACAGCUGAUUCGGUUGAGCGGAAUAAAAAGGCCCAGCUGGACAGAUUAGACAUAAAUGUGCAGAUUGACGAUUCUUACCUGGUUGAGGCUGGAGACCGCCAAAAGCGAUGGCAGUGCCGGAUGUGUGAGAAAUCCUAUACCUCAAAAUACAACCUAGUCACACACAUUCUGGGGCACAGCGGAAUCAAACCCCACUCGUGCCCACAUUGCAACAAACUUUUCAAACAACCAAGCCACUUACAAACCCACCUCCUCACCCACCAGGGAACAAGGCCACAUAAGUGUGAUGUUUGCGAUAAAGCAUUCACACAAACCAGCCACCUGAAAAGACACAUGUUGCUACACACGGACAUCAAACCGUACAGCUGCCGAUUUUGUGGCCGGGGCUUUGCCUACCCAAGUGAGCUUAAAGCCCAUGAAGUGAAACAUGAAAAUGGCAGGUGCCAUGUCUGUGUGGAAUGUGGAUUGGACUUUGCAACUCUGACACAGCUGAAGCGUCACAUCUCCUCACACCAGGGGCCCACCAUGUACCAGUGUAUGGAGUGCAACAAAUCCUUCCACUACCGCAGCCAGCUACAAAACCACAUGCUAAAGCAUCAAAAUGUUCGACCAUUUGUCUGUAAAGAGUGUGGCAUGGAAUUCAGCCAGAUCCACCAUCUCAAGCAGCAUUCAUUAACACACAAGGGAGUGAAGGAGUUUAAGUGCGAGGUAUGUGGACGGGAAUUUACUCUGCAUGCCAACAUGAAGCGCCACAUGCUGAUCCAUGCCAGUGUCCGCCCAUUCCAGUGCCACAUCUGCUUUAAGACGUUUGUACAGAAGCAAACAUUGAAGACCCAUAUGAUAGUGCACUCCCCUGUCAAGCCAUUCAAAUGCAAGGUUUGUGGGAAAUCUUUCAACCGAAUGUACAACCUGCUGGGCCACAUGCACCUCCAUGCUGGAUACAAGCCCUUUAAAUGUCCCUAUUGUUCCAGUAAGUUCAAUCUGAAAGGCAACCUCAGUCGCCACAUGAAAGUAAAACAUGGAGUAAUGGAUAUCACUUUAGAAAAUCAAGAUCACAUGAUGGAACUCCCAGAUACUGAGGGUAAUGACAUGGACAGCCAGCAAGAGGUGGAAGAUUACGAAGAGAAUUCUUAUGAAUACAGUGAAGCGGACAAUGUGACUGAAGAUAACAAUUCACCGACUGAUCAGUCCCUUAAAGAAAUGGUCUAUUACAAUGUCUUGUAGUUCCAGAACAAUAUCCCAUAUCUGAAGGAAUUUCCAGCUUGGCGGGAGAUUUUUUAUUUUUUUUCUAAUGAAUGUUUUUUUGCGUUCGGCCGUUUAAUGAAAAGCGUUGUACUGUCAGCAGGGACCAUGCCUUAGAAUAGUGAUAACUUAUACAGAGCAGACUGUCACAUGGUCUCUCGAGGUCUGACAACGUAAUAGACUUCUGUGACUUUGGCUAAUACAUGCCUAUUUGCCUUCAUUUCGUUGGACGUUGGAGAAUUCAUUGUAGGCCUUUUUAGGACCACAUAAAAGACUGUAUUUUGUGUUUUCAGUAGUUUUAUGCACUGGCAUUAUAAAUGUUUGUGUUUGAUGCAUACUA